AUGCAGAGCUGCCUCACCUUCAAGUCUGCCGGACUCAUGGCUUUGCGCCGCCUGUGCCUUGCGAGACCACAAUUUCAGGCGCUGCGGGCGGCGAGAUUUCAAGUCCGCCCGCGCGCUGACGGGGAGCCCCACUUGGAUAUAGGGAGUCGAUUUGGCCAAGUGCUGAAAGCGGAGCAAGAGGGGGAUAUGAAGGAGAUGGUGGCCAGCGCGAAGGAGGUCAUUCAGCUGGGUAAGGCGCUGUUAGAUCGCUCGUCAGAUCAGUCAACUGGCUCCCUUGAACAGGCCGACGUAAGGCAGAAGAUGGGCUUGGCUCACUUCAAGCUGGGGCACGUACAUGACAAGCACGAGCAUUUGGGCGAAGAGGGACACUUCCAAAAGGGCCUGGAGUAUCUGAAAGAAGCCGCACAGGAAAGAGGCAAUCUUCAGGACUGGUUCAAUCUCAUGUCCAUUGCCGCCUGCGCGGGCGAUGCCAUACAAAGCCAAGCUGCUUUUGAACAGCUGGAGGGGCUCUUUGCAAAAAGUGAAGAGGAGUUCCUACCCUGGCCGCAAGUGCUGCAAUACCACGUGUGCGCCCUGCGCGACGGCCAGUGCUAUGGGGCGGCCUUUGGGCAAGUCGAGCGGAUGCGGCAGAUCUAUCAACAGCUGGGGAUAACUGAUACUCACUUCCUCUAUAUCCGCGGGGUGCCCUUUUUCUCUACCUUUCUGGAGCUCGCUGAGACUGUCAUCAAGCCACUGCCAGACGUCGAGUGGAAUGCCUGGCUCGAUGAACUCGCCAAACACGUGGAUGACGAGGGAAAGCAGAGCAUCGAAGAGGAGGCCGAGAAGAGCCCCGGCCGCAGCUCCCUCGGCCGCGGACCCAUCCUGGAGCUGGGGAUGGGCACCGGGAAGGUGGCCAUGCAGCUCUUCCUCAGCACAGGCCGCGACGUCUUCGGCGUGGAGCUGGCGCCCUCCCGGGCCGCGCUGGGCUUCGAGGCGCUGAAGCGGCUGCAGCAGGCGGCGCCCCGCUUCCAGGCGGAGGUCGAGUCACCCGGGGAUUCGAGCAGCGAUUCGAGUGCGCGGCUUUGGGAUGCCGUGGCUGAGGCCUCUUUGGAGUUUUCCUGCGGAUCCUUGCUGGACACCGCGCCGGAGCGCCUGCAGGGCGCCACAGCGGUGGUGCUGGAGGUUUGCCUACCCCUGGAGCUGCAAAAAGCGGCCUGCCAGCUGCUGCAAGCGUUGCCCGUGGGCUGCCCAGUGGUCAGCUACUCCGCGCUGGGCGGCCUCGUGCCGCAGUGCCGGCUACGGCCACGGCACGGAGGCAUCCAUUUGGCUGCUUCCUGGCGCCCUGAUGGCCACCUCUUCGCUUUCUACACCGCCGAUUCCACCGGCGGGCUUGGGGCGGAGGAGUCGGACGGCUUGGAGUCGCUGAAAGGCCUCGGCUGCCCCUCGCGGGCGCGGAGGCUGCGGUACACGGAUGACGUGCUGCCGGAUCCACAGUCCAGCUACCCCUGGGAGCGUGGAGACAGAGUGCUGGUCGGCUACUCUUGGCUGCCGUUUCCGGACCUCGGGGACCCCGAUGACGCCGACGCCGGUGGUCUGGACGGCGUCACCUGGAUGGGCGCCUUCGUGGCUCACGUGCACUCCGACUGCUUCGUGAACGUUUGCUAUGAGGACGACGGAACCAUCGAAGAGCGGGUGCAUCCUGACCGGCUCCGGCUGCCCAAGGGCCAGCGCCAGAACGUGGGCGUCAACGGCGAGUCCAGCGUGGAGAUGCUCAGAAGGAAUCCUUCCGCCUUCAAGGGGAGGGCUGCCGGCCCUCUCGAGCGGAAGCAGCGGCAGGUGGUGCGCCUCUACGGCCAACUGGAUGUGUCAGCGUCCGCUGGCAAGGUGGAUCUGGCCAAUCAGCAUCACCUCCGAAUCUUGCAGAUGGACCCCUACUUCACCACGGACGGUAUCACGUCGCAGCUGCUGUGGAAUACCCUGGCGAAGGCCUAUGGUGAAAGGAGCAAGUCGGAGAUCAAUGAGGACAUCUUCCGACGGCUGUUGGAGGCUGGCGGAUUGCCGCGCUGGCUGAGGCACUGGCGGGAGGUCCAUGGAACGGAUCCCGAAGCUGGAGAUCCGUACCUGGUCAGCUGCCUGCAUGUCUUGCAGCAGAACACCCGCGCAGCUUUCGAGUUGGGGCGCAGGUACCUGGAGCAAUCGCUGCUUUCAGCAGGAUCUGCCGAGCAGCAGCGGUGGCGAUUCGAGCAGCUCCUGGAGGUUCUGGUCUCCUGCGACCGGCACUUGGUGCCAUACCAGGAGGUCUGGGAGAUCGUUCAGCAGUUGCUGCUGGGCUCACCGGACCUAAAACCUGAAGAGGCCUACGAGCUGACCCUUGAGGCGUUCCAGGCGGCUGGGGACCUCCAGGGUGUGCAGGAAUCCCGGUCCAGGCUGGCGCGGUCGCAAGAGGAGUCGCCUGCGCAGGUGGUGCCGAGGAUCACCAACUUCACCGAGGCGCUCCAAGCCUUGGGAGUGCCAUUCUCUGAGCCGACGGCGACGCCUUCGCGAUCGCGGGAGCUCUUCCGAUACGUCAGGAAGAAGAGGCGGCAGGCCAUUUGGCGCGAUCCUUUCAGCCCCCAGACGCCGGAGGAAUCGCCUGCUGAGCCACAGGCCGAGGUAAAUGCUUCGGCGGUGGAGGCGGGGCUCUUCCAGCUGCUGGCCUCCGGCGCGCCCUUCCGGGAGGUGAAGCUGAAGCUGAAGGAGGCUGUCCAGAAGGACGUGAAGCUGGACCUUGCAGUGUGGACCUCCGUCACUGCGACCUUCGCUGCCAGCGCAGAUCGGACGGCGUUGGAAGAGACGCACCAGCUCUUCCAAGCAGCAAAGCUGCCUUUGACCUCCAGGGACGACUUCCACCGAGCCAUGGGCAUCGCGGCGGAGGCCGGCGACUGGGAGCUCGUGGCGGAUCUCUUCCAUCGCAUGGGAUCCAAAGGCUUUCCAGCUGAGGAGGACAGCUACAGCAUGAUCUUCAAGGCCUGCAGCCGGGGUAGUGGUCACAGCCGGAAGACGGCGGCGAUCAGAUACUUCAGCGCUAUGCUUUUGAACAACAUCCAGCCGCAAAGGUCGACGCUGGAUGCGGUGGAUCAAGUCGUGGGCAAGGUGCAGCGCAUGAAGCUUCUGGAGGCAUGGCAGGAGCUAUCCAAGCCGAUGCAAAGGGGGGAGGGGUGGCUUGGGAUCACGAGCUUUGCCUCGGUCCAUUGAAGAAACUGGGCUGGUGACAGAGGUUGUACCGUGGGCCUUCAUGUGUGUGUGUGUGUGUGUGUGUUUGUCCCCUAG